AUGCAAAUAGGCUCCGGCGCGAUCGUAAACCGUUCCAUAUCAGAUAACGCAGCUCCUCCGCAGUACAGCAAGUUCAACGAGGUGAGCGCGGGAACGACGCGCGCGCAUGUUGUGAAAGAGAUAGAAAAGCCAGUUGGGCGAGUUUGUGGGGCGCCCCGCUACCGCCCGCGCCGCAGUGCCGCCGCCGUCUCCGACAGCGUUGCUUGUGUAUCAGCGUUGUUGACCGCACGACUUUCAAUACGGCGUCCACUG